GAAAGAUGGAAGAAAACCGGACAUUAGUGCUAAUUUGCAUAUCCUUAGGACUACUUCUGCUAUUGCUAUUUAAUUACAGUCACGAUCAAGAUCAGAGCGGAAUAUCAGUUUUGACCAACAGUCAACCUGAAAAGGAUAAGUUUUCAUCUGUUCAGGGAAACUUUAACAGUAAAAGCACGGAUUCAAUAGAGAAUACGACCUUACUUUUAGAUCAAAACCUUAUAUCUGAUACAGAGGCUUCAACGAAUAAAUCAUCAACAUUAGGAGUGGAGCCGGCCAACGAUAACAAUUACCACAUUAACAACUCGGAACUCACCGACCUCCAGAAACAUACACUGGAAAAGUCUCACAAAAUUCUAGCUAAAAUAAGAGAGAACUGUGCAGCACGAAACAUAUCGACAGUCUGGAACUUCAGGGAUAAGUUUUUAAAGCCACGAUUACUCAUAGCAAAGAAAGAGUAUCACAUACUCUAUGGAAGUAAUCCUAAAACUGGCAGUACUAGUUUUAAAAAGUUUCUGUUUCGUAUUGAUGGUGUAACAGAUGAGGACCACGAAUUUCAUCGAAAUGCAGGGGGGCACUAUAAAACGGUGUAUAAUACAAAUUUCUUCGAAAAUGAGGCCGAUUUCAAUCAAUACGUUAAGAUCAUGGCAAUCAGAAACCCAAUAGUUCGAGUGGUAUCAGCAUUUCGAGACAAGCAACUUCGACACAACAAAUACUUCAAAGCUCCUCAAAAUAUCACGGACAGUGAAGAUUUUGCUCUGUUCGUACAGAAUAGACUGCCCAAAGAAAAGGAGUCGGAUGUGCAUUUGCAACCCCAGUGGCACAAUAUGUGUAUCUGCCAAUUCCCGUACGAUCUGGUGGUUCAAAUCGAAGAAGUUGGACGGUACAUUCCACUGAUACAGAAACUGACCGGAACUGAGCAUGUUGAGUAUCCAGGGUCAAGAAAAGAACAGGGUACGGAUUCGCACGAUAGUAUGGAUUUUGUUAAUCAGUAUUGGGCUGGUCUAAACGAGGAACAGAAACAGAUUAUUCUCAAUAAGUAUAGCAGAGAUUUUGAAAUAUUGGGGUAUACCAAAUUUGAUGAGGAUGGCUUCCCUUUGCUGAGCUAUGAUAGCGAGAUCACAACUAAGAAAAUAUAAUAAUGAUAGUAUCAUUCUUCUCGUUUAUCACAUGAAUUAUACUAUCACACUCGAUUUGUUUGGUAUUUUAAUAAUUAAACCUAGGUCCUAAGAAAGAGGCUAGGCGGU